ACGGUACUCGCUAGGCUACCGCCUGCCUGUACUACGUCAACCCCAGCAGCAAAGUUACGAGCCGCUCUUUUCUGGUGUACAGGAACUGAAUAUCAAACUGGUGAUCGUGGAGUUAUUGGCUCGCUGUAUUUGUCAUUUCUUUUCUCUGUUUUCAGUCUUUAUUUUUAAAGAUCCAGGAGAAACAGAAGCGACCCCGGAGUUUGAAGUGCUCGGCCGUGGUGGGGUGAGUCAGCGGGUGCUAAGGACUGGGUCUUGGUCUUUGGAAACUGUUCCCUGUCCUCCUGCAGAGAAGCUGGUGCUGAAGCUUCUGAAGGAAGGACUGAAGGUCCGCUUCUCCUGGCGUCAGGGCCUCCGCAGCCGCGCAGCAGCUGGAUUCGGAUAAACGAAGCUCCAGGGUCACUUCGGUCUCAGUAAAUAUUUCAGACCUAUGUCACCUAACCAGAACUCCUAGAAGCUGGAGCUAGCGCUAGUGGUAUCCCUUAGAUGGGUGGCCAAGUUGAGAGUAACUGCGGGUCAGCUGCAGCGCCCAGAUGCCCAGCGUCCCUGCCUUGAGCUUCGAAGGCUGAGCCACACUUAGCUGCCAUUUCAGCAAAGACUUGUGAAUUUCUAGUUGUGUGGAUGCAUAGGAUGGAUCAGACAGCACAGAAAAGCGGAGUUUUGUAAUUUCUGGUUGCUUUCACAGCAUGUCCUUUUAAACCUUGGAAAGGUGUUCUCAGAAGCCCAGAGCUCCCCUGGUCAUGUCACCUUUAAUGCUCUGUGCCUUAACCUGCCCCUCUGAGGGUUCCCAGGGCUGCCCCUGGUGGUUUGCAACAGGUGUGUUCUCUCCCUCCCCCAGCCCAACCCAGAUAGCAGGAUUCCCCCAAACUGAGAUUUUUUGACUUGGCUUCCUCACACCUGCUUCCGCCCCCCACCAGAGGGUGGCCAUCCAAAGCCGGACCUUGACCCCUCCCUGGGACCAUGGUGCUUCUCUCUGAAAAUGCUUCCGAAGGCUCCAACAGCACCCACCCGCCAGCACCAGUGAACAUUUCUAAGGCCAUUCUGCUUGGGGUGAUCUUGGGGGGCCUCAUUAUUUUCGGAGUCCUGGGGAACAUUUUAGUGAUCCUCUCAGUGGCCUGUCAUCGGCAUCUGCACUCGGUGACUCACUACUACAUUGUCAACCUGGCUGUGGCAGACCUCCUCCUCACCUCCACCGUGCUGCCCUUCUCUGCCAUCUUUGAGAUCCUGGGCUACUGGGCCUUUGGCAGGGUGUUUUGCAACAUCUGGGCGGCGGUGGACGUCUUAUGCUGCACAGCGUCCAUCAUGGGCCUCUGCAUCAUCUCCAUCGACCGAUACAUUGGUGUGAGCUACCCGCUGCGCUACCCCACCAUUGUCACCCAGAGGAGGGGCGUCAGAGCUCUGCUCUGCGUCUGGGCGCUUUCCUUGGUCAUCUCCAUCGGACCCCUGUUUGGCUGGAGGCAGCCGGCUCCGGAGGAUGAGACCAUUUGCCAGAUCAAUGAGGAGCCGGGCUACGUGCUGUUCUCAGCGCUGGGCUCUUUCUACGUGCCACUGGCCAUCAUCCUGGUUAUGUACUGUCGAGUCUACGUAGUAGCCAAGAGAGAAAGCCGGGGCCUCAAGUCCGGCCUCAAGACCGACAAGUCAGACUCGGAACAAGUGACACUCCGUAUCCACCGUAAAAAUGCCCCUGCAGAAGGCGGCGGAGUAAGCAGUGCCAAGAAUAAGACUCACUUCUCCGUGAGGCUACUCAAGUUUUCCCGAGAGAAGAAAGCCGCCAAGACACUGGGCAUCGUGGUGGGUUGCUUCGUCCUCUGCUGGCUGCCGUUCUUCCUCGUGAUGCCCAUUGCUUAGAGAAUCUGAAGAGUGUGGAGAGAAAGGGCCCAUAGAACCAUGGACACAGCUCCAGAGCAGAGGAAAACUGAGCUGUAAAACAGCCAAGCAUUGGAAUAAAGAAAAAAAGAAGGUGAAUGGACCCAGCUUCUGCAACGCACAGGACGCACAAGUGGAUCUACUGAUCCUUUCUGCAAGACCCACUUCCACAAAGGCAGAGUCUGUGGGCUCCAGCUCUUCUUCAGUAGGACUCUUCAGGUCAGGAAAUCAAGUUUCACACAAAACUGUUCCCAAGAUGCUGACUGAUGUGGGCAUGGCCUUCCGCUGUCUUUGGUAUUCCAGCCAGAAAGAACUCAGUUGUCAUCGGGUCCUUCAGUAUCUGCCAUAACGUGUGGAUGAUCCUCUUUGAUUCCCAUCCAGAAAGCGUGGGAGCCAAGUUCUGAUACAGAAUUCCUUACCACAAGAUAUAAGAGGCUGAGCAGUGAUUAGAUUCAGUUUGGUCCACGGAGCUGGGUUAUAUCAUCCAGUGAUUUAUAUCUUUAUCUUUGACCAUUAUUAAUAAGUUAGACUGUCACUUUCU